GUCGACUGACAGCCGAACCGUGCUUCAGUCGGCCGGCGAACUCGCGUGCCGAGCCUUCGCGUCCGCUGACGUUCCUCUCUUUCUUUCUCUCUUUCUCGUCAUUGUCGCGCCCUAGCACCCGCGCCGGUUCGUAUACGCGACACGUCGUCGCGCGAUCGCGAUCGCGAGCCAGGAAUUUUCGAGAGAGAUGAAAUCUCGAAAAGGUCCGUCCUGAGGUGGAUCGUGGAUGAAGAGCGAGGGUCGUUCGAGAAAAUAAAAAUUGCCCGCAUCCUUGCGCGAAGUCCAACGAGGAUUCUCGCGACCGGAUAACCCGACUCGAAGACUCGUUAGAUGUAUGAAUAGUGCUCGAAGUGGGAUUUUGGAGAAAGUGAGUUUGUGCAGUGCGCGAUGUUCGGCUUGUCGGAUGAUAUUCGAAAGCACUUGUCAAAAUCCGGCCGGUGGGCUUAAUAGUAGAACGAGUAUCAAUAUCGAACGUAAAUGUUUCUGCGAGGCUCUGUUAAAUUAUACAAAUGUAAAAGGUACAUUUAAAAAAAUAUCGGAACCGUGCACGUCAUCCCCCGAGAAUCUAAUCCAAGAUCUUUCUCGACGAUAUCGUGUGCAUUCGAUUAUCGAAGAAUAAAGUAAAUUGCAGAAAAUCAGCCGUCACAAUUUAUCAGACAGCAGAUGAGUAAAUCCUUCGCGAAGAUACGCUGUUUGAAAAGAUAUCGAUGAUCCAGGGCGAGUAGAAAAAUUUCUCAUCACGAUCCACUAAACUUCAUCACGUACGAGAUUAACAAUAUCACGGUGUAUGGUCAGCAAGCUCGGGGUAUGAUGAAUCGUUCGUGAAAACCUAUGAAACGUUAUUGAAAAGAUAUUAAUGAAACGCUGUAUCACGAUCCAUCGAGAUUCGUCACGUAUCACAUUGGUAAGAUCCAGUGGUAAUCUCCGUGCGCGAUGAAUCACUUCGAAACAUAUCAAUGACUUGAGGAACACCGGAAGAAUCCACGGAGAAUCCAAGAGGAUACACGUUCGUGAAAUUUUCUUCGUUCAGGGACUCGCGCGUGACGAAUCGUUCGGUACAACAUAUCUGCAACAUAUCCGCGAAUCGCUCUUUACAAGCGAGCAACAUAUCAUCUCAGUGUCUCUCGUGAGAAAAUAUAUAAUAUAACGUCGCGCGCGCGAAUCCUCUCUCUCUCUCGCGAGCUUUUUACGAGCGGUAGAUCAAUAGCCGUCGCCCGUGAUAGCCAUCGUAGUCCAGCGACCUGCAUUGUUUCACCGACUGGAAAAAUGCAUUUGCCAGCCGGCUCGCCGCGACGCGAUCCGUAGUUUCGACGACAAGUAGUAGUAACGGACAUUAGUCCGCCUGUCUGCUCGCGACGCGACGAGACUCGGCGGCGAGGCUCGGCCAAAUUUUCGGCAACGAUACCUGGUGUGAGUGUUUCCUGUACGGAGGUGCUAUCGAUCGGAUCCAAUCUUUGUCUCGAGUGGAAGAAACGAGAGCGAGACUCGUUAAUUGAAGGCCGAGACGAGAGGAGCGAGGCACCAGGCUUCGUAACGAUCCCGCGAAGAAUCCCGCUAGUAACGCAAAAAUGUAUCCCUGACUAAAUCGCGCCACGAACUUCGAUCUACGACCGAUCGUAGCGCGGUCGUCCCGAAACGAUCAUGCGAAUCUCCGAAAAUGCGCAGGACCAACAGCAACGGUCUCAAGCUCGACCUGACGGAGAACACGCCAGGUAGCUCGUUGUCGCGGCUGCCGAAUUUGGUCGAGCAUGCGGAGACCUGUCAGGCGUUGUCCGCCGGAACUGGUGAGAAUUUGAGCAGCAAGUUGCCUAACGUGGUCGAGGGCUCGAUGGACUAUGGUAGCGAGCGUAGGUCCUCCCGUUACCUGGAGUACCAAGAGAUCAAGUCCUAUCAGGAUCCCCAGUCGUCUGCCUCGGCGGCGCCGGCCUAUCACGAGGGGGCCUAUCACGACCAAUCGAGGGGAUACCGGAACUACGAUCGAAAGGCCGGGGUCGGCUUCGAUCGGGAUAACCUCGAGAGGUUCGACAACAGGAUCUAUCCGGAGGACGGGCUGAGAUACGCCGAUCGUCGCGUGGAUCAGCGAACCUACCAGGAAUCGGAUCUGGACGCGCCUUACGAUCGUAACGACGCGCAGAAGCUCAGCAGGGCUUAUCCGGAGCUUUCGGACUCGAGCAGACGAUACUCGCGCGAUCUGACCGAUUACGAGUACGCGUCGCGUUAUGCCGAGGAGACAUUGAAGCUGGAGCCCAAGAAGGAUCACCAUCAUCAUCAUCAUCCGGGUAAGAUCUACGAGCCGGCCGUCUCGAAGGGUUACGAGUCAGGUGUCAAGACUCACGAUUCUGCUUACGAUCUCGGUACCUGUUCCGGACAGCAAGAACCACCAGCCAGACAAUAUGAGAGCAAGUAUCACUCGGUCAGCAAGAUGUACGGCACUCUGCCUAGAUACGAGAGUACCAAGUCGUACGAGCCGACGUACGAGUCGAGGCCUACCUACGAGCCCAAGUACGACGAGCAGACGUACGAGGGCGGAAGUAAGGCCGGUUACGAGUCCAAGUACGGGUUAACGAGUUCCAAGAGCUACGAGAGGUCCAAGUACGAGAGUACCACGUCAGCCAGGUACCAGGACAAGUCUUACGAUCAGACUCUGAAGAUUGGCGAGCUGGGCUCGUCCUCGUCCGGUGCCUACGUCAGGAAGCAUCAGGAUCAGGAGGAGACUGGCGCCGAGAAGAUGAACGGAUACAGAAAAAGUAAUUUCGAAGCCUACGGGGUCUAUUCGGAUCCUGAGGACGAUCACGGCUUCUUGCCGGAUAAAAAGACCCCUCAGUACACUUACAAGGGCGUCGUGGUGAAUGCUAGCGGUGAGUCCGCAGUGGUCGAUCAGAAACGGUCCAAGGAUAUCAGACAAACCGAGGUGAUCAGAAGUCCUUGGUGCAGACCGACUAUAUUGCUGCUCCUGCUGGUGCUCCUGGUCGUCAUCUUCGUCUUCGUCGCUGGGAUAUUAUUGUAUUUUAAUUACAUGUCCUACAAGCCGCGUCAUCCCGUUAUCGAGGGUAAGGAUCUAACUUUCGCCAAUAAUAACGCGGAACCUUGCGAGAAGACUUACUGCGCUUGGGGCGCGACGUGCGUCGUGUCCGAAAACGGCAAGGGUGUGUGUCAUUGUCCUGCGGAUUGUCCUUUGACUCCCGAUCCUGUCUGCGGCUCCGACGACGUGACCUACACGAGCUACUGUCACCUACGACAGGCGAACUGCCUCAAGAGAAAAAACACCAGAGUGAAGAAUCAGGGCGCAUGCGAUCUUAAUCUCAACUGGCACUCGACAUCGAUAGCAGAAAAUAAUCCAAGAGAUGCUGAAGAGGUCAGCGAUACUGUGAUCGGCAAAUUUUCACAAUUUCACUAUCGAGUACGACGGAAAAUUGCAAUUUUCAUUGAAAAAAGAGAGACGGAGAUCGACAAAGAUAAAUAG